CUUCAGAGCGCCAUCUUCUGAAAGCCGCGCUAAAGCCGAGCCAGUUUCCAUUCUGCAGUUUUACUGCGUUUUAUAUAUUUGCUCUUUUUAUUUCAGCUCCAGCCACUGGUUAAACGCUGAACUAUGGGGGUGAAGGUGCAGCGUCCUCGCUGCUUCUUUGACAUUGGUAUCAGCAAUACACUUGCUGGACGAGUGGUCUUUGAGCUUUUCUCGGAUGUAUGUCCCAAGACGUGUGAAAACUUCCGCUGUCUCUGUACAGGUGAAAAGGGGAUUGGCAAAACUACCCAAAAACCUUUGCACUACAAGGGAUGUCUGUUCCACAGGAUAGUGAAGGACUUUAUGAUACAAGGAGGAGACUUUAGUGAAGGAAAUGGCAGAGGAGGUGAAUCCAUAUAUGGAGGCUUCUUCGAAGACGAGAGCUUCUCUGUCAAACAUAAUAAGGAGUUCCUGCUGUCUAUGGCGAACAGAGGCAAAGACACCAAUGGCUCACAGUUUUUUAUAUUUGUAUUUACAUUCUGCCUCACUGUUUUGUGUCCCUGACCAUAGAACUACAAAACCUGCUCCUCAUCUCGACGGAAUUCAUGUGGUGUUUGGUCAGGUGAUCUCAGGCCAGGACGUGAUCCGGACGAUUGAGGCCCAGAAGACAGACACCAGCAGCCGACCCUACGCAGAAGUCAAGGUGCUCAACUGUGGAGAGCUCAUCCCCAAAUCCAAAGCUAAGAAAGAGAAGAAAAAGAAACAGCAGUCAUCUAGCGAGAGCAGCGACGAUUCAUCUUCCUCCUCAGAAUCCUCAUCUGAAUCUGAAGAGACAGACAAGGAGGAAAAGAAGCAGAAGAAGAAACGUAAGAAGGAGCAAAAGAAGAAAAAGAAGGAACAGAAACACAAGAAGAAAAAGGAGAAGGGUUCUGAUAAUGAAGAGGUAGAGGAGGCAGAGCCUCAACAGCCUGUUUCCUCCAUCCGUCCAGAGGAAGUCCCGCCCAUUCCAGAGAAUCGCUUCCUUAUGCGACGUAGUCCCCAGCAGCAGCAGCAGCAGCAGCAGCCCAAAGAGGAGCAAGAAAAGGAAAAACACAAAGAGGAUUCUGGAAAAGAGAGGCAAAGAGAACGGGAAAGAGACAGGGACCGAGACAGACCCAUGACGAACUCGAGACCGAAUCGCACACGACUGGUGAUGACCAGAUCAGGGCGAAGAAUUAAAGGAAGAGGACCCAGGCGUUACCGGACUCCAUCCCGGUCUCGAUCUCGAUCGUGGGACAGAUUUCGCCGCAGUGAAACCCCCCCACACUGGAGACAGGAAAUGCAAAGAACACAGAAGGCCACACCGAACACACAGGCCACCCAGGACCGCUGGAUAAAAGGAGACAAAGGUGACAUGUCACAAGAAAAGACAGACACUGCAGAGCCCAUGGAAAAAGAAAAACCCGACAUAGAGCGAGAGAAGAAAAAUUCUGAGAGAGAGAAGAAGGAGAGCAAGCGAAACAAAUCAAGGAGUCUCUCUAAAGGUCGAGAGAGGAAGAGUGGCAGGCAUCGCUCGAGAAGCAGAGAGAGAGACGGACGGAAAAAGACAGAUGGAGAAACAGAAAAGAGAAAGGGGCAUAGUCGCAGCAAAAGCAAAGAGAGGAAAGGAGAGCGGGAACACAAACGCAGCAAAAUGGAUGAUGGAAAGGGCCGGUCAGGUAGCAAAGACCGAAAAGACAAGGAGAAAGAUGCUAAAGAGAAGGAGAAAAAAGGGAAAGAACGUGAGAAGAGCAAAAGCAAAGAGAGGACAAAACAGACUGAAAGUGAUGGAAAGGAGAAAGAAAAACAUAAGGAAGAUGGUAAGAAAGCUAACAGCAGAGAAGAUCACCGUGAAAAAUCACGAAGCCGAGAAAGAGAGCGUGAUCGUGAUGUCAAACAGAGGUCCAGGUCAAGGGGGCGUGGCCAGAGAGGGUCACGUGACCGAGACCGACGAGACAGGGACAGACGACAAAGCAGCAGCAGCCGAGACAGAAAGUCAAGGAAAUCGAAAAGUAGAGAGAGAGAAAGGGGCAGAGAGCGGCGGAGAGAAGGAGAGGACAGGGAGAAAAGGAAGAAUAAUGAAGAAAGCAAGAGCAAAGAGACCAGAGGGAGAGACAGAAGCUCUAAAGACCGUUCCGGCCAUAAACACAGAAGCAAAGACAGGAGUGACCAGCAGAGUGACGACAAACAGAAGCGACGGAGAAGAAUGAGCAGCAAGAGCAGCGACUCGGACAGCGACAGAGAUAAACGUAAGAAAAGGACAAGGAGCAAAAGCCCCAAAUCCAGAGAAAAGGCUAAAGACAAAUCACGCAGCCCCAGGAGAGACAGAAAUCAUCACAGGAAUCAGAAAAAGGACUCAAGCUCCAGUGACAGCGACUAACCUCCCUGUUCACUCGCUGAAAGAAGUACUCCUCCGUUUUUCAAGCUAUUGUGUGUCAUAUUUGUACAAUAUGAUCAAUUACUACAGAAAAUAAUUUCACCUCAUUUACUUGUGCUUAAAAAAAAAAAAGAACAGAAAACAUCUGCUCUCAGAACACCAGUGAUGGCAGCCAGUGGGCAGUUGGUUUAGCAGCUGCCUUUUGAUUUGUAGUCAACAAAUUUUCUGUUCUUUUUCGAAAUACAAGGAAAUUGUAAGUAGUAAUUGACUGUAUGCUACAGAUGCAGCAGAUUAGAUUGAAAAAUGUUGGCGUAUGAUUUUAGAACACCCCUGUCCUCAUUCAACAUUGAUCAGCUGCCCCAUAAGAACAUUUAUGAACAAGAAUGUUUCUGCUUUGCAUUUACACUCUUCCUUUUAUAUUGACUUGUGCACACAGAUUUAGUUGAACUGGAAGCAAAAAGACUGCAAAUUUCUGAUGGUCCUUGAUCAGGAAAUUUUGUGUAGUUCUUUUCUCUCUCUUGUUCUUUCCCUUUGUUCUUCCCUCCACCAUGUUGUGACGCAGGCCUUUUUCCUCCCCUGCACAAUCUAUUUUCUUUGCCUGUUUUUGAAAUAGAAUUAAUGUUUGGUUGCAAAAUUUUUACUCAGAGAAAAUGGUUAAUGUUUUUGCCUUUCCCCACGUUGCUGUCUUUAGCUGUGUGGUUCUUAAUCUGUAGGGAGAGAUAAUGGGUGGGAAUCUGUAUUUUGGAGUUUUAUAUGGGUUUUAUGUUUGUAAUAACAUCCUGAUGCAAGUGUCAGUUCAGUCAAACUUGGGAAUUAAAACUGAUUCUGAAAUAGGAAA